GCAUACAUACUAAACCAUGUUUAUCCAUCGCGAAUUCUCGCCUGAUCCAUUUACCUUCUUGACUGACAGUUUCAUACCGAAAUCCUUGCAAAACAUUUGAAUCCCACAAAGUCUUUUCAACCUAAUCCCAGCCGGUGACCAGUCAAGAUCAUUCAAGACCAUUCAAGACCAUUCAAGACCGAAGAGCCGGUCAAGUCGAGGGGAAACACGAAAAGAUACCCUUAAGAUUUGGGUCUAGGUUUACUUCCAUAGUUAUGGAGCUCCGAUACUUGUAUGUGCCUUGGUGGAUGGUGCUACCCAUGAUAUGAAUAUCCACAGGGCACAUUCACAGCUAAAGGGUAGAGUAGAAGUCCGUGUGUUCUUGAAUCCCGUGGAUCUUCACUUCCUUUACUUUCAUUCUUGCUUCUGGAGAGAGAGGUAUUAUAUCUUAUACUUUGAUUGAUAUUCGAAUCGACCGAUCCAUACCACGGCAGUACAGUAUCGAUAGGUCCUUUACCUCCGAACCUCGUGUAUCUGUCUGGUUUCAGAGUGGGACAACUCCAAUUGGACCUGGAGGAAAAGAACACUACGGAACAGACAUCAGCAAGGAGACUUUCCGCCAUCAUCACGUAUUUGCUUUUGACGUCGCGCAACCAGAUAUACGGUGAGUACUUCUGGUACCUUUGUACUAUGCCACAACGAUACCACGAAUCCGAGCUCUCAAACAGGAUGUUAGAGGAAAUGUAGUGUAGCUUGGAAAACAUGCGAUUGCCAUGAAGCAAUGCUAAUUGAUGUCUUUCCUCAGCAAAAAGAAGCCCGAGUCGCUCAGGAUUUCGACGUCGCCCCUCACUACCCUUCUCAAUUUUUGUCUCAAACGCGAGAACUUGGCGUACCUCAAACACUUGAGGCUGAAGUAUAUUCGACAUGAACUACGAGUCGCCGUCAUAAAUUUCUGUCAUAAGCAGUGAAGCAAGGAAAAUACUGGAGGGAAAACAUUUGAUAUAGAAUAACCGCCUUAUCAAACUAUUACAAGAACCUAUUCUUAUGGCAUGUUGAUCGAUGUCUUAAAAGGUAUGUUCUGAGUACCUGUCAAUUUGGUAAAUAUGAGCCAAUGAUUAUACUUCGGGUCGACUUUUGUUCUCGAAAUAUAUAUACUAAUGAGUCCAUCUUAAUUUAGCAUCAAUAUUUGGAAACAAUUAUACCUUUCUUUACUUCUUCCAUUUCAUUUCCUAUUUUAUAUAUAUUCACUCGAGCAAGCUUGAUUUUGGGUACUACAGAGCAGUCCUCAGGAGUCGUCCCAUUUAAAGCUUCAAAUAGCCUGAAGACAAGGUAUCCUGGACCUAGUCAAACAUCACAUCUAAUUGAUUUUUAUCAAAGCAAACCCCCUUUCAAUUUGAAAUCACAAGGGUCCAGAUCUUUCCCCAUACUCUGCACAAAGCCUUCAAUAUCCUGUGAAUAGACCCAAGGGUUACCCGAGCUUCGACCAAGUCAAGUGAAUAUUCAGAAACACAUCAAGGAAAAAUAAAUAAGAAAAAAUCCUUAAUGCGGUAAUUCACUCAAUCUAAGGUGAUCUAUGGGUGUCGGAGUUCGAUUGAAUUUGAUUCUUCUCUUCUGUCAAGAAUAGGCAAAUUCAUCAACAGUCAUGAUGAGGGACAAUGGAUGGGAAACAGAGGAUGAGCAUGUAGCAGCAGCUCAAUAUCAUCUCCCUCCUCCGACAGAUACGCCUUACAGGACCCCGGCACCAUCUAUUCGCUCAAAUCGCUCGAGACACUCUUCAAGACGCUCAUCAUCACGACAAAAGUCGGUAUCUCCAGGACCAUCUUCUUCACCACCACCGCUACCUUUGGGAGAGAAGCGCAUGAGCGGCUCUCUUGAUGUAACCAAUGAUGAAACGUAAGGAACACGAUGGAAUUCAUGAUGUGUCGAAGACUGACAAUAUGAACAGGAUUUCUAUUCUCGACCCCAGACGUUUUACACCAACUUUGCAUGCUAAUUUGGUUGCCGAGAUUUUGACUUUACGUAGGGACCAGGAAGAGAGAAUCAAGAUCAUCGAAAGUUUGGAAGAAGCACUUCAUGAUACCCGUGGAGAACAUGAAUCUUUGCAAGAUCGUCUUGCCGCUAAUGCAAAGGAGAAUCGAUCGUUGAAGCGUCAAUUGGCCUUACUGGAAGGUGGAACCUCAUCUGCUUUAUCGGAAUUGGCAAAGGAGCGAGAUGAAGCAGUCGAAACUACUACGGAGAUGCGUCGUCGAUUGGAAGUAAUUCAGAAAAAGCUCAAAAGCCGUGAUGAGGAUGCCGACCGCGUACAAAAUCUCUGGGCCAACGACAAGGACACUUGGGACGAGGAGAGGAGAAAACUAGAAGUAAAGAUUCACGUUUCAGAAAACAGGUUGAAGACAGUCUUGGAUGAAGUUACCGCCUAUGAAGCCAGUCUUCUAAGGAACCAGUCACACGGGGCCGAUACGGAAGACAGAGACAAUGGAACCGAGAGUGAUUGUGGUAGUGUGCGGACGAUGAGUCUAACCAACAGUAUACGCUUCUCGAUGCUCAAUGGACCCAAUGGAUAUGGAGUCAUCAAAGGGAACGGCCUCAGUCUUGCUGAUGAAUUGGAUCUCGAUGAUGAAACUGAUUAUGAAGGUGGCCGCGAUAGUGUUAUGUCAUCUCCUGAGAAACAUCAACGAACCCAAAGUCGCGAAAGUAUCUUGUUCCGUACUCACUGCAGGAAUCAGAGUGGUGACAGUAUGAAGCGACCUGGAAGUAUCAUAACCCGAGGUACAUCGUUACUCAGCCAAACACUUUUGGAGAUGUCAGAAAGAGGUAUCUCAGAGCACGACGAAAUUUUAUCUCAACCCAAGUUCCAAUACGUCGACACUGGCGUUCAAUACACUCCUCCACCAUCGCCGAAAUUUUCUCUAGUAAUAGAGACAGUCUCUGUUAUCGAACCAACAGCGCUAGCCGAGAUGCAAACUCCGCAAAUCCUCGAGAAGCAGUCUCCACUUGAAACAGCAACAGCAACUAAAGAAUGGGAGGUUGGAGCGAAUCAGCGAAGAAAACGUGUGUAUACGAAUCCUCCUUUGGUCAUAGAACCUCUCAAAGAUUCUCCCAUGGUAUCUGCAGCAUCACAAACUGUGGACGAGCCUCUUAGCCCCCCUAGGACACCAGUCUCUCCAACCAGAGUUCCACCGCCACCACCUAAAUUCGUGCCCAUUGAAGAGAAAAUUGAGAUGACUUCCACUUCCACACAAACCGAUACUCAAAUCGAAACCACCAACACAUCGCCAACAUCACCAACAUCACCAAAGCGUCUCCCACCUCCCAUACCUAUUCCAUCGAUUCAACUGCAUCCACCUUCCUCAGCCCCAGCAACUCCUCGCGAGUCAUUGUUGCCACAACUUUCCAAAGAUGUAGGCUGUCAAGUUGCAAUUUCAAAGCCUAUAUCAACAAGAUCUAUGGCUGUACAAACAGAAGAGAUCAGGGUAGCUCAACGGUUGAUGUCUCUUCCACCUCACCUUCACCCAUCUAUAAUAUCGUCCGGCCCUCCAUCACCCGAGAUAAGACUUGAAGGUCUUCAGUUCUCACCAAUACCGGAUACUCUUCCUCCCAAGAACCCGCGUCGCCAAAGCAGCCAGCGAAGCAUAACAACUCUUCCAUCCUCACCGCCUGCAAUGGAGAUUAAAGAUGUCUACCCAGGUAAUAAUGAUGAUGGACCUCUGGCGAAAGAUAGAGGUCAUAUUAGAAGACCUCAUCGCAUCAGCAGUCUUUUUGCAGGCUUUGAUGGUGCAAGUUCUGACGAGGCUGAUGAAUUUGGCGAUGGUGACAUUAGCGAUAAUGACUUCAGAACAGCACUUUCUGCGCCUAAACCGACUAAGAAGGAUGCUAAGAAAGUUUCACAAGUUUCAAGAUCACUUCCUCAAAAAACGGAAAUUCCUAAUAUCUUGGCCAUUAAGAAUCGCUCCAGCGCAGAAAAUGAAGCAGAUGAUCAUUUUGAAGAAGAAGCAUUAGAAUUGCCUUCAGGGACAUCUGCCAAAGCCGCUCGGACUCUUGGUCAAUCCCUACCUAUUGUGUCAAUGGCCAAGCCAGCUCAAAUGCAUCGUGCGGCUCUUGUUCAAAGUGGUGUUAAGGCUCAUCGAGCUCGACCUGGCAGUUCCGGAUUGUCUGAAGAGGUUGCACCUCCAUUUCCAAUACCUACCAGAGCUAGCUCUCGAAGAACUGGAAUUGCUUCGAGCGCCCCGGGCGACGUUACUAGGACCCCGAGCAAUGGAAGAGGAUCAAGACCACAUCGUGCAGGUAGUGUUGGCCGAGCAGGCAGUGUUAGAAAGGUUCGAUCCGCAGCUGCUGUGAAUAGAAGUAGGCGUAUUGCGCGACGUUCUGAAAGCAGAUCACCGCCCAUGUCACCAACUCUAGAACCUGAAAGCCCUAGCUUACCACCACUUCCCAGCAACGAUAUUACCACCCCACGAUUCUCAAAGGAUAAUGGCAGUAGUCGUUACAGGACGCAUAGAAAUCAAUUGUCUACAACAAAUACUGCUGGAUCAUCAGCUGUUACUGAUGGUCAAAGUACUAACCAAGCCACAAGUGUCGUAGAUGCUAUUGCACAGACGAUGGUUGGAGAGUGGAUGUUUAAGUACGUUAGAAGACGCAAGUCCUUCGGAGUUUCUGAUCAAGAUGGAGACAAUGCUACUAAUGGCGCUCGUCACAAACGUUGGGUCUGGCUGGCACCGUAUGAACGGGCUGUCAUGUGGAGUAGUAAACAACCCACGUCUGGAUCUGCACUGAUGGGCAAAACUGGAAGGAAAUGUAAGUUAUCCAAACUUGCUUCCUCUAACCAUACUAACUUCAACAGUAACAAUUCAAUCCGUCUUGGAUGUUAAAGACGACAAUCCACCACCGAAGGGAUCUGGUGGGAUUUUCAAUCGUUCAAUUUUGAUCCUCACUCCGGCUCGUGCUCUCAAGUUCACUGCUGUUUCACGAGAACGACAUUAUCUCUGGCUUACCGCCCUCUCCUUCCUUGCACAUUCAUCGCAGGCCGUGCCUGAUGUUAUCACACCUAACCCUGCUGCAACCCUUUCUACCAAAGCUUCUCCACUACCUGACUUCCAAAAGCCUGGUCGUACGCAAAAAACUCACAAAAUACGAGAUUCGAUCAAGGUCGCCAAGGGGAAAAAUUCUUUCAAUCGUAGCAGCUCUGCCAGGACCUUUUCAACUUCUCAGCAAACGGAUACAACUACUAGCGUUCACGAUAAUGAAUCGUUUUAUACAAAUUCACACUCCGUACGCUCGGAACCCGCAGAAGCACCAUUUGUUCCCCGAUUUUCCGAAAGAGGAAUGGGUGGCCAUGGCAGGAAGCGCAGUAAUACCGGCUCGCAUAUUCCACCUCCUUUAUCGUUCCGAGGUUUCAGUGGUAGUCAUGUACCUACGCAUAGCACUGCAGGAAUGAGUGAUAGAACAGUAGAUUCUUCCGAGAAUCAAAGCUCUCACCAUUCUCAGCAGUCUUCGAUAGCAGGUUACAAUGGACCUAGUAGUCAUUCAUCUAUUCAUACAUCCGAUGCUAGUGCACGUCCAGGAGUUGUUAAUAACUUCUUCGAUGCAGUAGGAACGGUGCGAAUGGAAGCUUUUAUUUCUCCAUUAGGUGUUACGAGGUUUGACGAUUUUCCCGAUGAACAAGAUGAGAUGGAUAUGACGAGUCUGCAGCGUCGGCGCAGCAGAGAUGGAAGGAGGAGGAGUAGAAAUAAGGAAUCUUUUGGUGUUAGUCGCAGUGGAUUUGGUGGGUUCGGCGGAAGAGCAAUAGAGGAUUGGUAUAGUGGAAGUAGAACUGCCGGGGAAGAAGAAUAUGGUCAUCGUGACUUGGAGGAGAGAUCGGAUAAAAUUGGAAGAGAUUCUAGGGAGGAUCCUUUCACAAAUUUUUGAUCUCACUCACACGCAUACAAAGCACAACUAUUAGGUUGUAUGAUAUUACAUAUACAUUCAUUACAUUUUCUUGAGUCUGGUAUGGGAUGGGUUGGGAUUGGUCUGGUGGUUAUUGGAUGGUUGGUGGGCAGGGAGGAACUUCACAAAGCUUUGCAUGGGGAAAUGCUAGCUCGGAUAUUAGGGAAGGAAUGGAGAGGAUAUGGGGGACAUUUCUUAUCUCAAGAAGUGGAAAUAUGAGGCUCGCGCCGACAAAACAGAAACCAUCUCGAUGGAUAUCGAUGGAAAUUUCUUACAGUUAAUGUUCUUGUAUAUUCUACAAUAUCGUGCAAGCUAGCAAGCAUGUUUAUUUUUUUAUUUUUGUCAUUUUCUCUUUUCUUUCGGUCGAUCUUUAGCUUUCUUGUACUUAGCCACUUUUUCCUUGGUUCUCUUUUUUUCUUCUUUCUCUUUUUGAGAUUUCUUUGAUAGGCUAUAGGCCUUUUUUGGAUAUCCUCUUCGCUCGGUGUUGAAGUGGAGGGAUGAUCGGAUACCCCUUUUUCUUGACGUUCGUUUUUGCAGCUUUUUUUUACCACGGCUGUUCUUUUUGUUUUUGUUUUAAAAGCUUGGUGAAGAAGGGUGGAUGCUUGGUUAGUGAGGAGGGCAAUGAGGAGAGGGAGAUGAGGGGAGAAAGACAGAGGGAAUUGUUAGAUAGGAGGAAAGGAGAAUGAUGCUAAGAGAUGGGACGGGAAAAUAGAUAGAUGGGCGUAUCAGGUGGAUGGAUGGAUGGAUACAAAAUGGUAUCGUAAGAGUCUAAAUAGAGUAAAGUAAAUAAAA